AUGGACCAUCGAUCGACUUAUAUGCAAUCUCAUGGCAUGUUUCGCUUGCUCCCUUGGCCCUCUGCGAUAGGAGGGAACAAGGUGAUGGAGGAAGUCAAGAUGCUGGCCCCGACCAACUGCAGCCUGAACACCCUGACCAUGACCAAGCGCAAACGGGCUGAUUCCACCGCCGAUGCGCCCGCGACAAAAUUGUGCACCGAAGCCUCUCGACCACGCCCGGUCAUCGCCGACCCCGUUCCGCUCACGCCCACGGCGUCCAACUCGUCAACCUCGUCAAAUCCCCCGGUCGCAUCGCGUCCGCCGGCGCAGGACGCCGGGGUGGUCCGACUUCGGGAAACCAUUUCCGCCCAAUUGAGCUUGGAAGUGCUCCUCAAGCACAACGAACUCCGUCUCAUCGACCAAGAGAUCGCCAAGUGUCAAGUCGCUCUGGAACAGCUGCGACGUUGUGGCGAAAUUCCCUUCCCGGGCUCCCACGCCGCCUCCGUGGACGUCAGCGCCGGCACCGGCGCGUCACUGCUGGCACCUGGAAAUGGUCCAGCCGUCUCGCCGGCGCCGUGGGGAGUCACGGACGGGCCCUACGCACGCCACUACUCCCGGUGGCUGCUACCGGAUCCGCGCUUCGAUGGCGACUCUGGGAUGUUGGCUGGCACUGUUCCGGAAGGUCGUUCGACGCGUGGAAACCCCGAUGUGACGAUGUUCGGCAGCACACGCCCUCAGCGCGGCUCAACGGGCGCGAAGCAUACGGCGCUUCCCAGCGGCUAUCCCAUGGUCAAGGAGAAGUCCGGUCCAAUGCUUAUUCGCCGCAAGUCGGAUGGAGUGUUGGUCAAACUGGUUUGUUUGGAUUGCCGACGCGACAACUUUUCCAGCACGCAAGGAUUCAUCAAUCACUGCCGCAUCGCGCACAAUCGAAACUUUGCGAGUCACGACGCAGCUGCCAUGGCGUGUGGUCAAUCGGUGGAAGUGGACGACUCUGGCCUGGUGGUCGGCGGUGCCGCAGAACCAACUGCCAACCCAACCACCCCCGGCUACGUGCACCCUCUAAUUCGCUCCGAUCUCGCUUCACCCACCAAAGCACUUCCUACUCCCACCAAGGAAGUUGUUACUCCCUGCAAACCCAUGGCGGCUACCGCCUCCGUCGCUACUCCCCCCGCCACCGAUCCCACCCGCCGACAAUCUGCCCCCGUCAAGCUGCCUCCCAACCCGAGCUUCUUGGCGUCUCCGGCCACUCCUCAUCUGUCCGCCCUUGUGAAAUCGCGAGGUUCCGGCCUGGAUAUGAGCAAGCUGGUACAAGAGUUCCAGCAGCCCGUGGACCUAGGUGCCUUCUCCGACGACGAGUUCGACACGGAUGACAGUCGCCCCCAGUACCAGGAUGUGGGCGCUCGUGCUGGGCGCCAGCCAAUGCGCAUGCCCGCUGGACAGGCCUCCGAGCCAGAGAGCCGAAAGGCCCUCGAUCGCGCCCAUCCACUGGAGCAGCCGACCCCCUCCCGGCCACACUCCUUCCUGGACAUUUCCCUCGCCAGCAAAGCUCAAGCUCUCAACUCCCACUCUGACCUGGACCAUGCCAACUUGAGUCCUCAUGCUGUCGAGUCCAAUCAGGCUCCCAGCUUGGUCAGCGAUGAUGAAGACGACUACGAAGCGGCCUCUGACUCGGACAGCCCUCCUUCCUCGGAGGCAGACGAAGAAGAGCAAGCCUUCCGCCAUAUACAAGUUGAAGAUGACGAGCGUGCCGCCGCUGCCCCUACCGCCGCCGAAGCCAAGCCAGGCCCUUCCCUCGCCAACCCUGCUCCUCAGCCCGGACCCCCGGUCCAACAGCUCAAGCGCUCGCGCUCUAAGAAGAUCUCGGGCAUGACGUUCGAUGAUGAACGUGUUGGCUAUGUCCACCCGGAUCAGACGCGCGACCGCAAACCCUGA